AGGCGGGAGCUUCGGCGCUGGCCUCGGAGCGUUCGUCCCCGAGGUGUGCUUACCGCGUCGGGCCCGGCCGGGAGCCCGUCCGUCUGUCCGUCCGCCUGCCCGCCCAGGACGUGAGGCCCUGCUCGGUGUCGGGCGCGGCGCCAUGGAGGUGGUGGAGGCCGCGGCCGCUCAGUUGGAAACUCUGAAUUUCAGUAGCUCCGGCUUCAGGGUCGGCCCGGGCCCGGCGGAUCCGAGCCCGGCGGGUCCGUGUCCGGACGCCGCCCCCGAGCCCGAGUCCGGGCCGCCGCCGCCGCCGCCGCCGCCGGAGAGCCCCCCGGACGAGCCGGCCGUGGAGGCGCCGCCCUCCGGGGAGCCGCCGCCCGCCGCCGGGAGCCCCGCGCCGCCGCCGGAGCCGCCACGCGUCCUCCCCGGCCCGGACCCCGCACGGCCGGCGCUCGCCCCGCAGCCCCCGGACACCUCGGACUCGGACUCGGACUCAGACAGGUCUGGUGCCUUCGGGUGCGGGGCCCUGGGACGCGGGGUGGAGCGGGGCCCGGGACGGUGGGAGGUGGCGGAGGCCCGCUGCACGUGCGGUCACGUCGCUGGGACCUUCCGCGUCCCUCCUGCCAAUCGCCUCUAUCAAUUUUCCCUUCCCUCCGACGGUGCUAAGCCCGGAGAGGUCUGUGUGCAGAGUGAUUUCCAGCAUCUGGGACGUUACAGAGUCUCGCUGAACAUGGUCUACAAACACUUUGAGUAUGCUGUCUGUGUGGGGUGUGAGGAAUGUUCCCAACAGAUAGACAGAGAGGAGGUGAGGACUUUGCUUUUUAGGAAAAUCAUCAUUUUUAAGUGUGAAACAGAUUCAGAUAGUUCCAGUUCCUCUUCUUCCUCAUCAUCUUCCUCAUCAUCAUCUUCUUCCUCCUGUGUAUCACUUCCUCCCGUGUUAUCAGAUGGAGACGAUGAUUUACAGGUUGAGAAGGAAAAUAAGAAUUUUCCUCUUAAAACAAAAGAUGAGUUGCUUCUUAAUGAACUACCUUCCGUUGAAGAGCUCACUAUAAUUCUGCCUGAAGAUAUUGAAGUAAAGCCUCUUGGGAUGGUUUCAAGUAUUAUUGAGCAAUUAGUAAUAAUUGAAUCUAUGAGUAAUCUGCCUCCAGUUAAUGAGGAGACUGUUAUUUUUAAAAGUGACCGACAAGCAGCAGGAAAGAUAUUUGAGAUAUUUGGACCUGUUGCACAUCCGUUUUAUGUGUUACGGUUUAAUUCUUCAGAUCACAUUGAGAGUAAAGGCAUUAAAAUAAAGGACAUGAUGUACUUCGCUCCAUCAAUGAAAGACUUCACCCAGUAUAUAUUCACAGAGAAACUUAAACAGGAUAGGGGGUCAGAUGCAUCCUGGAAGAAUGAUCAAGAGCCGCCCCCAGAGGCCUUAGAUUUCAGUGAUGAUGAAAAAGAAAAAGAAGCCAAGCACCGGAAGAAAUCCCAGACUCAAGGUCGGAAAAAACUUAAAUCUGAACUUGCUGAGCCAGGUGAAGAUUUCUCCGAGGUGCAUCAGAAUUGGAAUGCCUACAGCUCUUCCGAGCAUUCAAAGGGCUAUCGCAACCGAGAAUUCACCAGAGGUUUUCCCAGGGGCCGGUAUCCUCGACCCAGCCACGGCAGGCCUCCACCUCAGCAGUUUUAUGGCUCAGACCAUCUGGUGUCUCCAGAGACUUCCGGAUUUCCACCGCAGAGACAAGAUAAUCCUUUCAUGCCCCACUAUCCCUUCCCGCCUCCAUCCUUCGACAUGCAUAACUUCUCACUCCCUCCACCUCCACCCCCCUCUGUAAGCAUGGGCUGGGCCACACCCAACAUGACACCUCACCCCUAUCAUGUACCAUACUCUCUGCCUCCUCCGCCUGCACCUCCACCCCUGCCUCCCCCACCCUCUCCUGGGGAUAGUAAUUCUCAUUUUAGACCUUAUUAUUAGAUGUGUGCAUGCAUUUCCAGAGAAAUGUGCAUUAUGCAGAUUACAUGUGUUCAGGAUUUUUUUUAAGAAAAAGAUUAUAAAGCUAGAUUUUUGAAAACUAUAAAAUAUUAGAUGAGCUGUAAGUUGAUAUAUAUAUUUGUAACCUUUGUCACCUAUUAUAUUCAUAUGAAAAUUUCAUCUCACUCUUAGGGGAAAAAAUCAAUCAUGUAAUACUUAAUUAAAAUUGAAUCAUGCCUUCUGCUACCCUCAACCCCAUGGAAAUAAAUAAAGUAGUGGAGUGGAGUGAGCAUUGUCAUGGAUUAACAUAUGUUAGACACCGGUAGCAUUUUUUUGCUACCAUCUGAAAAUAAGAUGUUGAAGUCCUAUUGAGAGUCUUUAAAAUAAACUAUUUUUUAUAAACUCA